GAAUCACAUGUCGUUCAUGCGCAUCACUCAACAGAUCUUUUAUCUACCUUUAUUUUUACUCACGUGAUAGUUUUUAACAGUUUUUUUUUUUAAGAGGCCUAUUACGGUUUUUAAAACGAGUGUAAAUUUUAGAGAAGAUCGACAUUGUCAAUUAUUUCGACGUACCAUUUCAUAGUCGUUAGCUUUUUUAUUAAAGUACAAUUAUACACAUCACAAAUAUGGACAAGAACGAUAAAUUGCAAAUAUUGAAGAAUGCUAUAAAAGCUUAUCCCAAUUUUCCUGAACCUGGAGUGACUUUUCGAGACAUAUUUGGUGUAUUUCAAAACAUCACAGCGCUAAGAGCGAUGAAGGAUUUAAUUGUGGAGCAUAUUUUAUUCCUCGAAGUAGAUCUGAUUGUAGGAUUAGACUCGCGUGGCUUUCUCUUUGGCCCUAUGAUCUGCAUGGAAUUAGGCAAGCCGUUUUUACCUAUUAGAAAAAAAGGGAAACUUCCAGGGAAAGUCGUUCAACAAAAAUAUGUCCUAGAAUAUGGCGAAGCCACAUUUGAAUUGCAAUCAGACUUGAUUACCAAUGGAACUAGAGUGCUUAUUGUUGACGAUUUGCUGGCAACUGGAGGUUCAAUGUCUGCUGCUGUUCAAUUGCUAAAAUCCGUAGCAGCUAAUGUAGUUGAAUGCUUGGUGAUAAUAGAAUUGACUUCGUUAAAAGGCCGAGACAAGAUUGAAGUUCCUCUACAUUCUUUUUUAAAAUACGAUGAUUAAUAGAUAAUUUUUUAAAAAAUUGAUAAGUACAAAGCAUAGACAAUUGAGCAUAAUAAUGUAAUACAGUAACAUGUAUUACCGCUUGCAUUCCUGCCGUAUAACAUUUCCAAAAAUAGAUAAGAAAAAAUGAAUA